ACGGAACAGAAGCACAGUUCACUUUACCCUGAAAGUGAUCGAGUGUUCUCUGGUUUCUGGUAUUACAGAAGAAGAUCCGGUUCGUGUUUUUGUUAAUCUCUAGACAAUGAAUCCUUUGCGUACAGUUUGCCUGAUGAUGGGCGUCCUGGCCUUGGCUAGUGCCAACAGUGCUGGUCCCCGGCCCAUGAGCAUGAAUUCGAAUCGUAAUACGAUUAAGAAUAGCAUGAAACCCACCUCAUGGAUGUCGAUUUCGACAUUGCAAUCGCUGCCCUCGUUGAAGGAAAUCAAAUUGAAGCAACUGGAAGAGAUGUCGGCCUUUGAGGGAGCCGAUUUGAUCAAUCGCUUGUAUCACCUGGCCCAAGCCACCCAGGCCUUGGAGCCCACCUAUGCCCCCAGGGCGAGUGAGAUCCCAGCCUUCCUUGUAACACCCGAUAACCAGAAAAUCGAAUUCCAAUUGAACGAAUUGCCACGUGUGGCCCGCGAACAAUCACACUGCGGCAAACAGGAGGUUACCGUUUUCAUUACCGGCCUCCCCUCGAAAUUGGAAAGUGUCAAGGAAGCCACCCGCAGCUUGACCCAGGCCUAUAUGCAACGUUACAAUGAUGAGUCCAGCUAUUACCAAAACUCUGCCACCAGCAGCAGCAGCAGCCACUACCACCACAACAAGAAGCAACAACGUUCGGACAGUGAUGAAGAUAAUUCCAACCAGAAACCUUCCGGCUGUUUGGUUGUUGUGAAAUUCGGUGAUACCAUUAGCGAUUUUGAGGAAUACGCCACCGUGGACACCGAAAAGGUUGGCAAGGAAGUCGGUAAUGUUUUGGUACAACUUUUGCAAAAGACCAACUGCAAUCGCGACAAUGUCCAUUUGAUUGGCUCCAAUUUGGGCGCCAACAUUGCCGGAGCUGCUGGUCGUCAAUACACCAAGGUUACCAAUCAUCAAUUGCGCCGCAUCACCGGUUUGGACCCCGUCAAAUGCUUUGCCAAGGAUCCCGAGACAUUGACCGGUUUGGCUCGUGGUGAUGCCGAAUUCGUUGAUGCCAUCCACACCACUGCCAACAGCAUGGGUACCUCUGCCCGCGCCGCUGAUGUUGACUUCUACCCCGAGGGACCCAAUGAGGCUGUGCCCGGUGCCGACAACAUUGUCGAAUCUUCGAUGCGUGCUGUCCGCUACUUUGCCGAAUCCGUUGUGCCCGGCAAUGAGCGUAACUUCCCAGCUGAGAGUGCCCACUCUUUGAACGAAUACAAGAGCAGCAACACCUCGGGACGUCGCAUCUACAUGGGCAUCAACACCACCUUCAAGGCUGAGGGUGACUACAUGUUGCAGGUGAACACCAAGAGUCCAUUCGGUCGCAGCACCCCUGCCCAAAAACAACAAAACGCCCAUGGUGUCCACAAGUCGUGGAAAAUGUCCUCUCGCGAUGAGGAAUAAAUGGAUGGAGAAGAAAUCAUUCAACUGACCCCGGCAAUGUCUAAUGGAAACCUGAGAGAUAGAUGUUUGGAACUGGUUCAACAGUUCGAAUCGAACAAUUUUUUUUUUUGUAAUUUUGAAUUUUUCUUUUGUAGUUUUUAAGUUCAAUGAAUAUUGAAAAAAGAUCAUUGAAAUAUCAAUUAUGUGCUGUUUAAUUUAUAUAAGAUAGAUCCGCUUUUAUUAAACAAAAAAAUUAGACAAAUAAUAAGAGAAUUGCAUAUUAAAAAGCAAAAUAAAACAAA